UGCCCCCGGCUCAGGCCGGGCUCAGGUUCCCCUUUGUGCAUGGAUGUGGCCCCUGAAACUUUAAUGAAGCCACUGGAUCUCCACGGCGUGCCGGGGGGGGGCAGCCCUGCACCCCUCCUGCUCCCCACAGCACCUGCUGGCUCCUGACCCCGCUGAACCCCUCACCAUGACCCAGGGCUUCUGGAGGCUCUACAAGGCCAAAGUGCUGCAGACCCUGGGGGGAGUGCAAGCAGACGGAGUGCUGCGGGAAGAGGGAGACAACCCCGAGCUGAUGGAGACUGAUGAGAGCCCUGCGCUGAUGGAGGAGGGACCCAGCCCAGUGUCCCAGCUGGCGAGGAAGGUGCAGGGGGUGGGUGCCCGCGGCUGGCGGACGCUUUCGUCCCUCUUCACCCGUGAGGACGAGCACCAGCUGCUCAGCCCGGAGCCCUGCGCAGACCACCCGCUGGCCGCCGAGCCGCCCGAGCCGCCCCAGUCCGAUAAGGCCCCUGGCUUUUGGGAUCUCUUUGCUACCAAGUGGCAGCAGGCAUCGGGGCCAGACAAGGGGGUGACCCCCCCGGAGCCGAGUGAGAGCCCGGGGGAGCCACCGGGUGACGACGACAGCGACCUGCGGGAGCCAGAGGAAGGAGCCUUCCACUGGGGCUUCCUGGCUGGUAAACUGGCCGAGAUCCGGAAUAAAAGUGCCCCCAAGGGCAACUAGAGGAGGCUGAGCUGAGC